AUGGCGGCAGUUGACGAGGCCAAGUUAAACUCGUUUUUGCACAAAGUCGUCACUGAUGAUGCUGCUUUGGCUUUGAUAUGCUCUGGCCCGACCGCCGUUCCACUAGAGCAAAAUACGAUCAGAUUGCUUGAUAACAUAUCAACCGGCCAGCGCGGCGCUGUCUCGGCAGAGUAUUUCCUUGCAAUGGGAUACUAUGUGAUUUUCUUCCAUCGGACCAAUACAAAGUUGCCCUUCAUAAGGCAAGUGACCAGCGAAGAUAUUUCGUCUUUUGCAGGUACGCAUUUCAGCGCUCAUCAAAGUGGACCAAACCAACAACACGCUACAUUGCACCCCGAUCACCGAAUGCUCCUGUUUUCGUUUUUUUCUUUCCAUCAGUAUCAAGCAGGGUUGGAGAUCAUUUGCACACACGCCCAUCGCUUGAUGCGGUCAAAGCUGCUCAUUUUCCUUGCUGCCGCCGUAUCUGACUUUACGCCCAGUGAUGUCCCGUUGCACAAAAUCAACUCAUCAGUGGCAGAUUUAUCUGAAAAUCUGACGAUAACGCUCAAGCCAACUCCAAAAGUUGUUCAACAAAUAACCUCCUCUUGGGCGCCGACGUCAAUGAUUGUUUCUUUCAAGCUUGAAACCGACAAAUCCAUUUUGAAGCAAAAAGCCAUUGGUGCUCUUGAAAAAUACAGGUGCUCAGCCAUAAUAGCAAAUCACCUGCCAUCGAUCAGGAGCAAAAUGAUGCUGAUAUGGAAAAAGACCACUUUUCCCACUUUACAUUGCCAUCAAAAGGGGGCUGAAGUGAAUGGCAAUGACGAUUGUUUUGUUUUCCGCGAAAUUGAUGUCGAAAAUGGAGACAUUGAAGAACCCAUGGUCAAUCUGCUAGUCCAGCUGCAUAGUGCGUUUUUAUAA